GUAUUUCAGUUGAAGUGUGUUGUGGAGUCACGGUUUUGGAAGUUAACAGUUGAAUAUAUUUGAGUUUUAAAAAAAAAAUCUGCACAAAGAUGUCCAGCGGAUAUAAAUACGAAGGGGAUCCAUACAAUGCGGGUUACGAACAACUUCCCGUACACCCAACACAGCAGCCCUCAGGAUAUAGUUACCCGCUGACGAGAACCUCAGCCAAUAUUGUUGUGAAUAGUGCCCCUACACCUAGAGUUAUUGCUGCACAAAGAGAACGCGAUUGGCUGGGGCCCGCCGUUUUUGCAUGUCUCUGCUGUUUCUGGCCCGUUGGCCUCUGUGCCACCAAUGCAGCUGUUAAUGCAAGAUCCCGUUACGACGAGGGUGACUAUGAAAAUGAGAGAGAGUAUUCAAGAUCGGCUAAACAGUUGACCUUGAUUUCACUCGUACUCGGCAUCCUCUGUAUUACUGGCUUUACUAUCUUCCUAGUUUUCCGAAUGAAAGAAGUGUUCGAACCAACAGGAGCAACCACACAAAACCCCUUUGGGAUCUAAAGUGUUAACUUUGCUUUAAAGGUUAUUAAAUUAUAACCAAUUUAUUUGUACUUUUUACUAGCAUUCAAUGAGCAUAGAGUCUUUAAUUCUUGGUUGUAACUCAUGGGAAUUUUUCAUACACAGAUUAACAUUCAAUUAUAUAAGUAACCUGCUUUCUUUCACUUGGUCAUGUAUUUGUUUGAACAAAAAAGGUUAUCCUGUCUCCAAGAAAUCCUAUCCGAUCAACUGUGAGUUUUUUGCAAGAUAUUUAAAAUCACUUGUAAUGGUCUUCAAGUUACUAACAUCAGUUUUGCACCGUCUAAUAAAA